AAAAUAGAAAAACUUUAAAUUGCCCAAUAUUUCAUUCCAGUUCACAAAUAUCUACAUUUCAAAACAUGGCAGAAGCUUUCCUUCAACUUCUGCUAGACAAUCUCACUUCUUUCAUCCAUGGUAAACUAGUAUUAUUCUUCGGUUUCGAAAAGGAAUUUGAAAAGCUCUCAAGCAUGUUUUCCACAAUUCAAGCUGUGCUUGAAGAUGCUCAAGAGAAGCAAUUGAAGGACAAGACAAUAGAGAAUUGGUUGCAGAAACUCAAUGGUGCUGCGUAUGAAGUCGAUGACAUAUUGGACGAAUGUAAAAGUGAGGCAACAAGAUUCGAGCAGUCUCGAUUAGGGUUUUAUCAUCCAGGGAUUAUUACUUUCCGUCACAAAAUUGGGAAAAGGAUGAAAGAGAUAAUGGAGAAAGUAGAUGCAAUUGCUGAAGAAAGAAGGAAGUUUCAUUUCCUUGAAAAAAUUACAGAGAGACAAGCCUCUACGCGUGAAACAGGUUUUGUUUUGACUGAACCAGAAGUCUAUGGAAGGGACAAAGAGCAGGAUGAGAUAGUGAAAAUUCUGAUCAACAAUGUUAAUGUUGCCAAAGAACUUCCUGUGUUUCCUAUAAUUGGUAUGGGGGGACUAGGAAAGACGACACUUGCCCAAAUGAUCUUCAAUUUCAAUCCCAAAAUAUGGGUUUGUGUCUCAGAUGAUUUUGAUGAGAAGAGGUUGAUAAAGACAAUUGUAGGAAAUAUUGAAAGAAGGUCUCUAGAUGUUGAGGACUUGGCUUCAUUUCAGAAGAAGCUUCAGGAGUUAUUGACUGGAAAACGAUACUUGCUUGUCUUAGAUGAUGUUUGGAAUGAUGAUCAAGAAAAGUGGGCUAAGUUAAGAGCAGUCUUAAAGGUUGGAGCAAGAGGUGCUUCUGUUCUAGCAACUACUCGUCUCGAAAAGGCUGGAUCAAUUAUGGGAACUUUAGAACCAUAUCGUUUGUCAAUUUUAUCUCAACAUGAUGGCUUGCUGUUGUUUAUGCAACGCGCGUUUGGGCAACAAAGAGAAAUAAAUUCUAAUCUUGUGGCCGUUGGAAAGGAGAUUGUGAAGAAAUGUGGUGGUGUGCCUUUAGCGGCCAAGACUCUUGGAGGUAUUUUACGCUUCAAGAGAGAAGAAAGUGAAUGGGAACAUGUGAGAGAUAAUGAGAUUUGGAAUUUGCCUCAAGAUGAAAGUUCUAUUCUACCUGCUCUGAGGCUAAGUUAUCAUCACCUUCCACUUAAUUUGAAACAAUGUUUUGCAUAUUGUGCAGUGUUCCCAAAGGACACCAAAAUGGAAAAGGAUAAUCUAAUCACUCUUUGGAUGGCACAUGGUUUUCUUUCAUCGAAAGGAAAUAUGGAGCUAGAGGAUGUCGGUAACGAAGUAUGGAAAGAAUUAUACAUGAGGUCCUUUUUCCAAGAGGUUGUAGUGGAUGAAUUUGGUAAAACGUAUUUCAAGAUGCAUGACCUCAUUCAUGAUUUGGCUACAUCUCUGAUUUCAGCAAACACAUCAAGCAGCAAUAUCCGUCAAGUACGAGUAGGAGAGGAAAAUAACAUAUUGUCCAUUGGUUUUUCUAAAACAGUGCCUUCUUACUCUCCCUCACUCCUGAAAAUGUUUGUCUCACUAAGGGUGCUUGAUAUGAGUUACUCGAGAGUGUAUCAAUUAUCAUCUUCCAUUGGAAAUCUAAUACAUUUAAGGCUCCUGAACCUGUCUAGCACUAGAAUUCGUAGUCUUCCCAAGAGAUUAUGCAAGCUUCAAAAUCUCCAGACUCUUAAUCUAAAAUCUUGUCGCUCACUUUCUUGUCUGCCAAAGCAAACAAGUAAACUAAGUAGUCUUCGGAAUCUUCUGCUCGAUUACUGUCCAUUGACCUCUAUGUCACCAAGAAUAAGAUCGUUGACAUGCCUUAAGACUCUAGAUUGCUUUGUUAUUGGCAAGAGAAAGGGCUAUCGACUUGGUGAACUACGAAACCUAAACCUUGGUGGCUCACUUUCAAUCACACACCUUGAGAGAGUGAAGAAGGAUAUAGCUGCAAAAGAAGCCAAUUUAUCUGCUAAAGCAAAUCUCUACUCUUUAUGUAUGAGUUGGGAUAGGUCCGAUAGAUAUGAAUCAGAAAAUGAUUUGGAUGAGAAAGUGCUUAAAUCCCUCAAACCACACCCCAAUCUGAAAUCUUUAAAAGUAACUGGCUUCAGAGGUCUCCGUCUCCCGGACUGGAUGAACGGUUCAGUUUUGAAAAAUGUUGUAUCUAUUGAUAUUGAUAGCUGUAAAAACUGUUUAUGCCUUCCACCCUUUGGAGAGCUGCCUUGUCUAGAAAGUUUAUGCUUAUUCGGCGGGUCUGUGGAUUAUAUUGAAGACAAUGUUAAUGGCUGUGGAAGGUUUCCAUCCUUGAGACGCCUUGUCAUAAAAGGCUUUCCUAACCUGAAAGGAUUGCUACAAAAGGAAGGAAAAGAUCAAUUCCCCAUACUUGAGGAAAUGGAGAUUCAUGAUUGCCCUAUGCUCGUCUUUCCAACCCUUGCUUGUGUCAAGAAAUUGGAAGUUUGGGGCAACACAGAUGCAACGUCUUUGAGCUCCAUAUCUGAUCUUAGCACUCUCACCUCAUUGUGUAUUAGUCAUAACGUCGAACAGACUUCACUCCCAGAAGAAAUGUUCAAACGCCUUGCCUAUCUCGAGUCCAUGAGUAUUUCAUCCUUCAAAAAACUUAAAGAGCUGCCUACCAGCCUGGCCAGUCUAACUGCUUUGAAGCGUUUGGAUAUUCGAAGUUGUCAUUCACUAGAGAGUCUCCCCGAGCAAGUACUGGAAGGUUUAACUUCACUCACGGAGUUAUUCAUUCAGGAUUGUGAGAUGCUAAAAACUCUAUCAGAGGGAUUGCAACACCUAACAACCCUGACAAGAUUAGUAGUUGCUCUUUGUCCAGAGAUGGUGACCUUGCCUUUCGGGAUUCAAAACUUACACUCUCUUCAAUCACUGGUGAUCUGGAAUUGCCCUCGCCUGCAAUCACUUCCAGCUGGCAUUAUGGAAACAAAGAAUCUGCAGGCGUUGCGAAUUGUUUAUUGUCCAGAACUGGCAAAGCGCUGCGAGAAGGAGAUAGGGGAGGACUGGAACAAAAUUGCUCACAUUCCAAAUGUGUAUAUCAGUUAGUUUUAUUUGUAGUUCUUCUAUGGUUCUUUCCAGGUAAGCCUUCCAUACAGUUGACAUAAUCUGUGAUGCAGCAAUGCAUGAGGGGAUUAGGAUAUCUUGUAGUAACUAAAAUCUUUUGGCACGCGUGUCGCGUGCAUGCUACACUUAUCACUAAAAAUGCUAUAUAUAUAUAUUC